AAAAGAAUAUCUUUAACUGAAGCACAAAAAAAAGAAUUAUGUGAAAAAAAAUGUAAUAAUUCUAAUUUAAAAGGAGUAAAUUUGGCUAAAGAGUAUGGAAUAAGUGAACAAUCAGUAUCUGAUAUUCUCAAACGCUCUGAGUACUGGUUAGGUCUCGAUGACGCUUUUACUUUAAUCCAAGCUAAACAUCAAAGAAAGCCUGAUAAUCCUGAACUUGAAGAGGCGAUGUCUAUUUGGGUUGAGCAAGCAAUUAAAAAUGAACUUACUCUUACUGGUCAUCUUCUUCAAGCCAAGGCUAAGGAAUUCGCUAAUAAAUUUGAAAUUACCAGAUUUAAUGCAUCCGAUGGUUGGCUGGCUAAUUUUAAAAAAAGAAAUGUUAUUUUUUCUUAUCGACGUCGAGGAGAAGCUGGUAGUGUGCCUUUGGAAGAUGUUUUAAAAUUUCGUCUAGAACUUCAAGAUGUUCUUCGAAAUUAUGAGCCUAGAGAUAUAUUUAACUGUGAUGAAACAGCACUUUUUUGGCGACUUGAGCCAAGCAAGACACUCGCCCAUGGACCAGUUUUAGGAAAAAAAAAAUCAAAGGAUAGAGUUACAGUUAUGAUUACUUGUAAUUCUAUUG